AAUUUUUGUACUCGGUGAUGAUUUGGAUCAAGAUGCAAUGUAAAUUAGGAUGUAAAUACAAAAAAGGAGAAAAAUAGAGGAAUUAAUGCAAGUAUUUUUAACACUUGCAAUGUAUAUUUCCUUUUCAUUUUUAAGCCUACAUGAGAUCAAGUAAACGAGUCAAAUCGAGUUGAGUUUGAGCUCGACCGAGCUGACAAAACGAGCUAGUAACCGAGUUCAAACUCGGAUAAUUUACCAAUUUUAACUCCACUAAGUAUAUGAAAUUACGAAACUAAAAAAAAAUUAUAUUCGUUAUAGCUGCCCAGUUCUGAGGUUCUCAAAUGGGGGCUGAAAAUUUUGUAAAGAAAAACUAAAAACUGACCGAACCAAAAAAAUUGUGUGAAAGUUACAGUUAUUGUUUUGGUGGUUGAUUAAUUUAUUGCAGCUUUUAGCUCAAAGGAGAAUUUUUUAGGGCUGCUUGUUAAAGUGGGGGCACACCUCAAAAUCGCACCGAUAUUUGAACGCUGGGAAGAAUUACAAAAAGUUCUUGCAGAUAAAAAAUCUUCUCUUUUGUCAUCUGAUACUGACGGCUCAAGCGUCGCAGAUUGCGUUUUUUAUGCUCACUCAGAGAUUUGAAUUGGUCGAGCAUGAGAAAAAUGCCUGGAAUUAUGAGCCAAAUGCCACCUAUUCCUGUGUUCUUAAAGGAGGACCUUGCAAGCAGUGUAUUUCUACGUUCAUCUCAGCUACGAGAUUAUUAUCCUCGCCAAUUGGGGCUGUGCAGUUUUACAUGCAACAGAAAUCGGAAGAGAAGUCCUUGUUCGCCUGUUCGAAAAUUUCCUUGCUCCACGCUGAGGCUUUUAAGAUUCAAGUUCUUAGGUGCCUGUGCGUUUUCUUCGUCGUCCUUUCCAAUUACCAAUAGCAAUAAUGAUGAAUCCUCUGGACUCUCUUUCAUUCACAGUGAUGUAUCUCAGCCUCCUUUUCUUUCGGAUUGUUUAACCCCAGCUGAAAACGAUGGAAGUCCAUCUCAAGGAAUAUCAUCUUUGGCAGGUUGGUUCUUUAGGCCCACGAGCCAUUUCAUUACUCUUUACUUUUUUCAAACUUGUACUCUUCUCAUUGACUUUGCUCUGCCUCAUAUCUUGGAAGGAGGAAUAGUAGCACUGGGAAAGUUUGAUGCCCUUCAUAUUGGUCAUAGGGAGCUCGCAAUUCAAGCUGCAAAGAUUGGAGUUCCAUUUCUAUUGUCCUUCGUUGGAAUGGCUGAGAUACUUGGGUGGCUUGGGUGGGAAGCCAGAUGUUUCUUAAUCAAUAUUAGCUUCCAAGAACUGGGAAAUAAAGUAGCUUCUAAACCUAUUCUAUCCAUUUACGUGUUAAAACUACUGGUCAGGCCUCCUAUAGUUGCCAAAUGUGAUCGGAAGCGAAUUCUCUCAUCUUGGGCCCCACUAUGUUCUAAUAUUACACCCAAGGAAUUUCACAUUGAGUUCUCGAAAGUUCGAUAUCUUUCUCCACGUCAGUUUGUUGAGAAAUUAUCAGACGAGCUUGCAGUUGGUGGGGUUGUGGCAGGUCAGAACUACAGGUUUGGGUAUAAAGCUGCUGGCGACUCGUCUGAUUUGGUUCGAUUGUGCGAUGAAUAUGGCAUGAAAGCCUCUAUAGUAGAUUCUGUCAUGGAUAAAAAGCAAGAGUUUUUCAAGGAGAUUGAUCAUCGUCAUCAUAACGGAACAAUUAACGAGCGAGGCCAAGUAUCAUCCACUCGAGUUCGGCUUGCGCUUGCUGAUUGCGACAUGAAUUACGUGUCACAACUGUUGGGCCGCAAGCAUCGCCUUAUGAUGAUGGUUAAAAACGAGGAAAAUCUUUUACGAGAUGGUAAAAAGUUGUCGGCUUCUAGGUCGUGUUUGUUGAAUCUUCCACCCAAAGAAGGUUUUUAUAGUAAUUGUUCUCUAGUGGUUGGGGAAAACGAGAGUUUCGUGCCAUGCAAAGUCGUUAUUGAUACAACAACUAUUCAUAUGGAACUCGACGAGUUAUCAUCUCCUCACAUAAUUUUUUCCGAUCGAAACUUUGACUUGUUGGGGAUUGAAUUUGGUGACUACAAAGUUUGAUAUUCUAAUUCUAUAUAGAUUUUGCUGGAUUGAUAGUCCUUUUUUUUUUUUUUUCNGUCUACAAAUAGUAAUGCAUAAGCAAGAAUCAGAAUUUUGUUACUUAAUGAUAUGUAGAAUAAGUAGUAUCCUUUUGAUUCUUUGUGGAGGAAUUGUUUAGAAUAAAAAUGUACAUUUUUACAAUGAAAUGUUGAAAUGUUAUGCCACAGUAAACUGUAGAAACUAGAAACUAUAAAGUAUCCUUCGCAGGCCGUGCCUGAUGUGGGCCUGGGUUGAGGCCCGCAACCGCCAGUGCCGAGGGAUGUUAACUAUUACAAGAGCCUAUUCAGCAGCAUGGAGUGGGGUGGGCCCGAUGCCGUUUGGGCAUAUGGUGAGGCCCGGCAGGGAUAUGAAGCCCAAGAUAAUGAAGCCAUGCAUUUAUUUCAAUAGCCUAAAGGGAUGCAGGAAUGGGGCAGAGGGUGAGUGGUGGUGGUGUUCCGGAGGUUCAGAGUGGAAAGAGGGCCAAAUUGGAUAAGGAAAUUACAGGUUUGUGAUUUUUUGAGUUCGUUGUGUGUGUGUAUGGUUUUGUUUCUCUUUAUUCAGAGGCGAUUUUCGGUUUAUUUAGCGCCGGCCAUCGGUUUUUAUUGUUCUGUUAUGCAACGGAGGAUGGCGCGUAUUUUCUCUGAAUUUUUGUAGCAUAUAUAAGGUUCUUAACUUGUAUAUUUUUC